AUGGCGGCUAUCCAGAUGGCACGUCAGGCACUCAAGGACAAUGGAGUACUGAUUAUCCGAAGAUGCAUUGCAUGUGCAGCAUGUGCGGCAGGGCAGGUGGCAGCAUACCGUGCGUGGGAGUGCGACAUAAAGCCGAGUAUUGAUGCGGACCACGAGGUGAAGGUUGAUGCGGCCAAGACCAGCUACGAUGUGCAGAGUCAGCACAAAAUACUGUGGCCCACGGGAGUUGUUGGUAACAACGGGUUUGGGUUUAUGUAUGCGCAGCCAGAAGCCAAGUCAGACUAUCAUUAG